AUGGCGGCUAUGGGGGCGAUGGCGGCCAUGGGGGCCCUACCGGCGGGCGCGUUGCCGCCGCUGCCGACGCUGGGGGUGCCGGGCGUGCCCGAGCUGAAGCCGCUAACGCGGUACGAGGCAAUGCGGCUGGGCCCGGGCUGGAGCCACUCGUGUCACGCCAUGCUGUACGCGCCCAAUCCGGGCAUGCUCUUCGGCCGCAUCCCGCUGCGCUACGCCGUGCUGAUGCAGAUGCGAUUUGACGGACUACUGGGCUUUCCCGGGGGGUUCGUGGAUCGCCGUUACUGGUCCCUGGAGGACGGUCUGAAUCGGGUGCUGGGCUUGGGUUUGGGCUGUGUGCGCCUGACGGAAGCUGACUAUCUGUGCUCGCACCUGACAGAGGGGCCACAUCGCGUGGUGGCACACUUCUACGCCAGGCAGCUGACCCUGGAGGAGCUGCAUACCAUCGAGAUCAGCGCGGUGCAUUCCCGAGACCACGGGCUGGAGGUGAUGGGCAUGGUCCGUGUCCCCCUCUACACCCAGAAAGACCGCAUGGGUGGGCUGCCCAACUUCCUGGCUAAUUCCUUUGUUGGAACCGCCAAAUUCCAGCUGCUCUUUGCCCUGAAGAUCUUGAACAUGGUGCCGGAGGAGAAGCUGGCUGAGGCAGUGGCUGCCACGCAGAAGCCGAAGAAGCCGGCCAUAGAUCACGCAGCCGGGGGGAUGGGAAACCCAGCUGCAGCCAGGCACGGCAACGAGCUGGCGGUAGCCGCUAAAACGGGCGACGAAUUGGCAGAUAGGGCAGAGAACCAGGCAGUCAUGCAGGCGGCAGAGCAGGCAGUGGUUGGGCUGGAGAGCGGGGCCAUGGCGGAGCAGCUGGCGGUGGAGGUGGUGGAGCAGCAGGCAGGGCUGGCGGCAAACGCUGUGGCAGAGCACUUGGUGGCUGAAGCGAUGGAGUAACGCUGCUGCGUUUGCACGUCAGUGGGUGAGACUUAGAGACUUUCUUCUACCUUUCUGACCCGUGGCUGGCUGCAGUCGCUGCCCACGUGAUUCCACUGCCCAGCCGGGGGUGCGGGUUUGAAGCAGGGGAAAGUGAUGUAUUUUUAUGGCCAUUAAACUCUAGCGAGCUUCCCAGAUCCACCUGCACAGCCCCCUGCAGAGAGUUCAUGUGCUUACGUCGAGGCGCCCAGGCCUUAGAGUUACCUUUUGAUUUCAGGGAUGCGCCGCUGCCGCCAGGUUCCCGGUUUUCAUUUUUAAGGAACAAAAUUGUCUCUUUUUUUUUUUUUUC